AAUGGAGAAUCUCUUCAACUAUUUUCAAAUUAAACUACACAAACAUCAUACUACUAUACUAUCAUGUCGUAUCCAUGCCUACAUUUGUUCUUUAAAUAAAUAUAAUUUCCCUUCUUCGCUGGCUUCUUCUCAUACGGAGAUACCGAUGCUCUUUUACUCCACCAUUUUCCUCUGAUUGUUUUUUUCUUUCUAUUUGCUGCCCAAAACCAUGUAUUUACACGAAAUCACACAAGGGAAGAAGUUCUGGGUCUGAAGUGGAAAUGGUACUAAUAACCUUUACAUGGAGCCAUGGUGGUACUCAAGUUUUUCUCUGCGGUUCCUUUGAUGGAUGGAGUGAGCAGAUGUUGAUGAAUUUGGUGGAGGGUUCGGCUGCUGUUUUUCAGAGGAUUGUUGAUGUUCCACCAGGAUAUCAUAAGUACAAAUUCUUGGUUGAUGGCAUCUGGCAAGUCGACCAGGCCCAGCUUUGUGUUCAGGAUGAGUAUGGUGCAAUCAACAACGUAGUAUUUGUUAAGGAAUCAGUUUCCAUGCCUUCUGCCUUAAUAAGAGAGCAUGGUCAGUCAAAGUUGGUCUCGGGUUUUGCUAGCAACACACAUCUAGAGGCUUCAUCUUCAAGCGUACUACAACUUAGACCAGUCAUGCAGUUGUUAAACAAUGAAAUAGAUGUUUCCCGCCAUCGUCUAUUCAUGUUCUUGUCAACUUCCCAAGCAUAUGAGCUGAUUCCAAAUUCAGGAAAGGUCUUUGUGUUAGAUACUGAAGUGGCUGUGGAACAGGCUUUUCAUAUCAUGUAUGAACAGCGACUUGCAGUGAUGCCUCUUUGGGAUGAGCGGAAUGCGAUGAUUUCAGGAAUGCUUACUUCUUCUGAUUUCAUUUUGAUCUUGUUGAAGCUCCAGGAAAGUCAUCCAAUGCUGACCAACGAUGAGCUUAAAAUGCACACGGUUUCAGCUUGGAAAUACAGAAAAUUCCAAUUACAUGCAGAGGUGUCAGGAGCUGUGAUACCUCCAAACAGAAGAGUACUGCAAGCUGGUCCUGAUGAGUCGCUGAAAGACGUGGCCCUAACAUUAUUACAAAAUAAGAUAUCUGCAGUUCCAGUUUUACAUUCAGCAGAAGACGGGUCAUCUUCACAUUUGUUGCAUACUGCAUGCCUUGCAGGAAUAUUAAAGCAGAUAUGCAGGCAUUUUAGGCACUCUCUAGAGUAUCUACCUAUUCUACUGCAACCAGUGGGUAAUCUUCCAUUUGGCACCUGGACAAGAGAAGUUGGUGGAAGGGCAAGCAGCCGUGUAUUGUUGACAUUACACAGAAGAGACCUCCUUAGUUCUGCUCUUAAAUUUCUAAUAGAAGGUGAGAUAAGCUCAAUACCUAUCACUGAUGAUAAGGGAGCCCUUAUAAAUGUGUACUCUCGGAGUGAUAUAACCUCUUUGGCAAGAAACAAUGUGUAUGCUCGCUUUCGGCUUGACCAGAUGACAAUGACUCAAGUGCUGCAGGUCUUAGAUGAAGCAUCCCGUGAUCGUUGUAGGACAUGCACACGCUUUGAUUCACUGUAUAGGAUAAUGGAGGUCCUUUCAGAUCCAACUGUGCGGCGCGUUGUGGUCAUUGAUCCGAAUAGCCGGCAUGUAGAAGGCAUAAUCACUUUGAGAGAUGUGUUUAAUCUUCUUUUAGGCUGAAAUUUCUCUUGAACUAUUUCGCAGGCGGGAGUAAAGUGUAAACUAGUAUGAUCACUUUGUAAUGGCUGCUCAAUUGGUCAAAGAGAAAAGUUGUCACUAUGACAUUUGGCUGAGUAUGAGAGAUUUUUACAAAUCAUUACCAAUAAAAACACUGUAAAAUUGUAGCACCACAAAUGAAGUUCGAGUAGGUGAGGAAAAAAAAAAAGAGUACAGAAAACCUGGACUAAGAUGUAGCUCAAGAAUUUUCUUAGGUAUAUAACAAUAGUAUAGUUGAACCAGUACAUCAGCGGCUACACUUAAACCCCAAGCAUGUUGGGUUAUGUUAUAUGCAUUUUCACAAUUCAUGUUGCUCCA